GCGGGACUUGGUGUGUUUCCUAGGUCCAGUGUCCUGGGAAAUGCCAGCAGUAAGCAGAUCAGAUGCCAUUUUUGAGCUCUUGGCCUUAAGAAAGCUUACUCGUUCCUAUACAUGCAACUUUCAUUUCUUUCUCAUUUGUAAUGAAUUAACGAAACAUCUAUUUGCCUGCUUCAUAGAAGUAAAAAGAUGUUUUCGGACAUAGCGGACAUGAUGCAGAGAAAUGGCUCAGUACAACAUUGUAAACCCUUAAUUAUCACUGUGUCAGUGUAACAAUACACCUUUAAAUGAGAAUUCCUUUUCCACUCAACGUUGAUCAUUAAGGGUCGGGCACCGCCAACCCCCUGUAUCUCACCAGCAUCCCUGGAUUAAAGUCCUCUUAUAGGAGGUAAGAAUUCCAUUCAGGAAACUGAUGAAUCCAGGUUCAAAUCCCGGCUCGGCAGUCCUUAGUGACCUUCUUGGGAAAGGUUCUUGGUCUCCCUGAGCUUGUCUCCUUCCCCGGAGGAUGGGGUGGGCCGCAUUGUCUGUCUCUCAGAAUGGUGUCCAGAAGGUUCAGUAAAGAGGUACAGAGCUUAGGAAGCCUUGCGCACAGUAGGAGUGUGACUGUUCGUCCUUGACAUUGCAGGUGAGGUCAAAGAGGCCGUCCCUCCCUGCUCGGAGAGCUCCGAAGGAGCUUCCGAUGUUCGCCUUGACUACAAGACAAGCCCACUGUCAAAUCAGGCCGCACUCUCAGAAUCGGUGUAACUGAGCAGACUUGGAGAGUGUUAACGCCUUGAUUACGCUUCAUGUCAGUAGAAAUGGACAGCAGCAGUUUUAUUCAGUUUGAUGUGCCCGAGUACAGCAGCAGUGUUCUGAGCCAGCUAAACGAGCUCCGCCUGCAGGGGAAACUAUGUGACAUCAUUGUCCACAUUCAGGGUCAGCCAUUCCGAGCCCACAAAGCCGUCCUUGCUGCCAGCUCCCCCUAUUUCCGGGACCAUUCAGCAUUAAGUACCAUGAGUGGCUUGUCAAUAUCUGUGAUUAAAAAUCCCAAUGUGUUUGAACAGUUGCUUUCAUUUUGUUACACUGGAAGAAUGUCCUUGCAGCUGAAGGAUGUUGUCAGCUUUCUGACUGCAGCCAGCUUUCUUCAGAUGCAGUGUGUCAUCGACAAGUGCACACAGAUCCUGGAGAGCAUCCAUUCAAAAAUCAGCGUUGGAGAUGUUGACUCUGUCACUGUCGGUGCGGAGGAGACGGCGGAGAGUCGCAAUGGAGUUAAGGACAGCAGCUUCUUUGCCAACCCGGUUGAGAUCUCCCCUCCGUACUGCCCUCAGGUCCGGCAGCCCACCGCGAGCAGUGAUCUCCGGAUGGAGACGACGCCCGGCAAAGCCGUGCGCAGCCGCUUGCAGGAGGAAGGGCACUCGGACCGAGGGAGCAGCGGGAGCGUUUCCGAGUACGAGAUCCAGAUAGAGGGGGACCACGAGCAGGGGGACCUGUUGGUGAGGGAGAGCCAGAUCACGGAGGUGAAAGUGAAGAUGGAGAAGUCCGACCGGCCCAGCUGCUCCGACAGCUCCUCCCUGGGGGACGACGGGUACCACACGGAAAUGGUGGACGGGGAGCAGGUGGUGGCAGUGAACGUGGGGUCCUACGGUUCUGUGCUGCAGCACGCGUACUCCUACUCCCAGGCAGCCGCACAGCCAGCCAGCGUGUCCGAAGCCUUUGGAAGUUUGAGUAAUUCCAGCCCAUCCAGAUCCAUGCUGAGCUGUUUCCGAGGAGGGCGCGCUCGCCAGAAGCGGGCGUUGUCUGUCCAUCUGCACAGUGAUCUGCAGGGCCUGGUGCAGGGUUCCGACAGCGAAGCGGUGAUGAAUAACCCCGGGUAUGAGAGCAGUCCCCGGGAGAGGAGUGCGAGAGGGCACUGGUACCCGUACAACGAGAGGUUGAUCUGUAUUUACUGCGGGAAGUCCUUCAACCAGAAAGGGAGCCUCGACAGGCACAUGCGGCUCCAUAUGGGAAUCACCCCCUUUGUGUGUAAGUUCUGCGGGAAGAAGUACACACGCAAGGACCAACUGGAGUACCACAUCCGGGGCCACACCGACGACAAACCGUUCCGCUGUGAGAUCUGCGGCAAGUGCUUUCCGUUCCAAGGUACCCUCAACCAGCACCUGCGGAAAAACCACCCCGGCGCAGCCGAAGUCCGGAGUCGCAUCGGGUCCCCCGAGAGAACAGACGUGUACGUGGAGCAGAAACUAGAAAACGAUGCAUCAGCCUCAGAGAUGGGCCUAGAUUCCCGGAUGGAAAUUCACACGGUGUCUGAUGCCCCUGAUUAAGAUGGUAACGAAGUACACCCAAACAAAGCACAUUGAUCAAUGCA